AUGGGAGACACGAGUUUAGGUUUCCAAGCAGAUGUGGCAGGCGACGACGCAGAUGACCUCUUCUUGGACAGUGUGGGUCUAGGAGAGGCAGCGUCCGAUGGUGAUAAGUCCAGAAGCAGGAGCCCCCGCCGCCGUGGUUCUUCCAAGACACGCAAAAGAGAGAAGCACCCAAAGUCAAAAAGAGAAGCCACCCCGAAGAAAGACAAGUCUCCCGCCAAGAGAAAGAGAAGGGGGGCCAAGGAGGAAAACCUUGACGAGUGGAAGAAGUGCAAUUCUUGCACAAAGUGGAAGUUGAGGAAAGAAGCCUUCAAUGCAGACCAAAAAAAGUGCAAAGAUUGCUUCAACCACAUCCGAAGCCUUCACAGAGUGGCAGCCUCUCAGAAGUGUGGUACUGAUAUGAAGAAACUUGAGGAGGAAGAUCCCAAACAGUACAAUGCGUUGAUGAAAGAGUUUGUGAAGAUUCGAGAACAAAGCCGCAAAGCAGGAGACAAAUUGAAGUUUUCCAUCCAAGCCUUCCGCGUGUCAUGGAAAAGUCGAGAGGGUGAAAGGAAGGAAAACGUGGGAGAGAUGAUGUGGGAGGAAGAGUAUUACCAAUGGGCCAAAACUGCUAAAGCCGGCUUUUUGAGCCGACAAGAGGCUGAAAGCAAUUGGAACACAUGGCUGAACGACAAGGAUUGGCCCAGAGACACUGCUGGACCGCGUGGCUACAUUAGGUUGUAUGUCCGCACAGCAGACAAGAUCAUAGGGUUCGAGGAGGUGUCGAAAGAAAAGGAGUUCACCAAAGAAGAAAAGCUAGGAAAGAAUGCGUCCAAGGAGGUCAUCGAGUCUCGCCUGGGUUUUGUCAUGGGGGACCAAGGCUUGCAUGCCCAUGAAGUUUGCGACUUUGAAGACAUGCGGCACAAAGCCCAAACAGCUUUUGCCAGCAGCCAUGACCAAAGGUCAGACAACUCAGCUGUGGCAAAUCCUUUCCUAGAUGGAAUCCUGGCGCCAGAUGUGGAUGAUUUGUUGCAAGCUGUUGAAAAAAAGAAGCGAAAGUCAGGCGCCAAAGCUGAGGAGAAAAACGAAAGCUCAGAUGCGUCUGGAGAAGAAGAAGAGGAAAACGAUGAUGAGAAUAAGAAAGACCCUAAGGAUGAUCCAAAGCGCAGUUGGUUUGACCAAGAAACUCAAACCAUAAAAGCUGAGAGAGCCUUCAAGUUGCAGAUGGAAAAGGUGAGAGCUGAGAUGGUCAAGGUUUCCGAGUCAAUGUCGGACACCUUGACGAAGUUCCGGUCUCAAAAGAGUGAAUCUCAGGACGGAGCAAGGGAGUUCAAGACUGAAAUGCACGUUGUGGAGCGAAGGCAAGACUGGCUCAACGCCACACUCAUGAAAGAUGGUGGUCAAGAGAAGUUGACAGGGUUGAUCCAAGCGCUUUCAGUUGCCGAGUCGGGUGCGGACAGUGCGACUGAGUCUCGUGACAUGUCAGCUAUUGCCCGUGCAGGGCCUUGUGCUGGAUAUGAGCAGCUCAAGCCUGUGGCUUAUUUGGAAGGCUUUGCAUCAUCUUUCCGUUCCUGUACUUCCAAGCAGCAGAUUAAAAGCAAGGUUGAAGAGUUGGCUCCUGUGCGCAAAGUGCUGACCUCCUUGACCAAUUCUUGCAAAUCAGCGCUCGCUGAUUUGAACAGAGCAAAGAAGAAGAGAGAUGAAGACAAAGAGAAAGAGAAGAACAAGAAGGUCAAAGACGCAGCAGAAGAAAAGGCAAAGGCGAAAGCUAAGACCCAAAGGAGGGGAAGUGGUGUGACCAAGCAUUUGCUCAUCAACCCUGAUUCUGGUUGGGCUUCUGCGCACAUCCCUUCCGACACGAAGUGGAAAUUCGAGUGGUCCUACUCAGAGCCCUUUGUCAUUUCAAGUGGUUUCCAAAGUUUUUGGGACUCAAACCAGAAGGUUGAAGAAAGCUUGAAACAGUUUGGAGCUUUGUUCAGUGAAUCCUCGAUGCGGAUCACUGAGGGUCGAGCUCACAAACCUCUUGAUCCAGAGUUGGUGCCUGCAGUGCACAAACAUUUUGAGAAGAUUCUGCCGCCAUCCUUUCUCCUCUCCCCCCAGGAAAGCUCAGAAGCGAGUCAUUACCAAGAUGUUUUGAAGAUGCUGGACACCAGCUCAUUUGGUGUCGCCUCAUCACACAUUUCCUUAGGGAAAUUUGAGUUGAACCAGUUCCCGUGCGUCCGGGUGAAUUGGAGUGGAACACGUUUGGUCAGCGUGGUGCUUCUGCAGGGUGUGCUGCAGGAAAUCCAAACAGAUGGCUCACAAAAGAAGUCUUUGCUCGAUGUCCUGGAAUGGCUAGCCAAAGCUCAGGAAGGUGAUCUGAUGACGCUGGCAAAACGCGACCAGGCAUUCAUGGGCACCGUGGGGCCAAACGAUGUUCUUUACCUACCACCAGGGGCACUGGUGUCUCACAGGGUUCAUCAAGGGUCAGAUUUGCUUGGCCUACGGACUGGUGUGUUGGAAGUGAGCAUGCGCAAUUCCUUGGAGAGGAUCCUCCUCCAUGCUCCUAGCAACAAGGCCAUCCAGCAAUCCUUGGAGCUUUUGAAAGAGCAGAAGCCUGCGCUCAUGGAAGAGCUCCAGCAAAAGCAUCCCGAGGAGCCGUUGCUGCGUUUUGCCGCAGCGAAUGCGCUGGCAAAGGAGAAAGCGGAGGCGUUGACGCAAUCUCCAGAAAGCCAGGAGUCUGAAAAGAAGAAGAGGGAGAAUGAAGAGAAAGAGCGAAAGGCAGAAGAAGAGAGGCAGAGGAUGAUAAAAGAACAAAAAGAACAAGAACUGCUUGAAAAAGAAAAGCAAGCCAAAGAGAAGAAAGAGCAAGAACGCAAAGACAAAGAGGCAGAAGAACAAGAGAAGGAAAGACAGAGGCUUGAGCAAGAGAAGAAUGAUGCAGCAGAAAAAAAACGACUAGAAGCAGAGCAGAAGGCCAAAGAAGAACUGGAGCAGAAGGAGAAGGAAGAAAGAGAACGCAAAGAGCGGGAGGCAGAAGAAGAGAGGCAGAGGAUGAUAAAAGAACAACAAGAACAGGAACAACGUGAAAAAGAAAAGCAAGCCAAAGAGAAGGAAGAGCAAGAACGCAAAGACAAAGAGGCAGAAGAACAAGAGAAGGAAAGACAGAGGCUUGAGCAAGAGAAGAAUGAUGCACAGAAGGCCAAAGAAGAACUGGAGCGGAAGGAGAAGGAAGAAAAGGAACGCAAAGAGCGAGAGGAAGAAGAAGAGAGGCAGAGGGCGAUAAAAGAACAACAACGGGUGGCAGAAGAAGAGAAGCAGAGGAAGAUAAAAGAACAACAAGAACAGGAACAGCGUGAAAGAGAGAAGAAAGCCAAAGAACAGAAGCUGAAGGAAGACAAGGAGAAGGAAACCAAAGAGAAGCCCAAGGUCGUUGAGGACGACCAAAAAAAGAACUCGGCUAAAGAGAAGCAGAAGGCAGAGAAGAAGAGGAAGCGUUAG